AUGAGCACGGGUCAUCAACCUGGUUUAUUUAAAAAGCCACCAAAAGUACAUAAAACUUUCAAAGGAAAACGAUCAAAAGGACAAAUUGACGCUGAAAAUCGAGGUCGUGUGGCAGUUUCUGCAGUAGUUAGAUCACGGAAACGUUUUCUGUCGAAAAGCGAACGCCAUCAACAAGCUGCCCAAAUUCGAGCCAACAAACGGCGAACUGUUCUUGAACAACGCCGUGGCCUAGAUGGAGGGCUGUCAGCUCCAACACUGAUUACAGUUCUGUCUUUUGGAGGGAGCCAAACCCCGGCCAAUUUCGUAAACGGGGUUGCGUCCUGUGAUGAGACUAUUGUACGGACAUCAGGGCAUAAUACUGUUUAUCUAGCCGUACCUCGGUUCAAAUCACGUAUUGGUCUGCUUACCCCAGAUCCCAAAAGAGUUGACGAUGUUUUGGAUUGUAUCAAGGUAUCGGAUAUCGUCUGUUUCUUGUGGCCUACGGACGGGGAACUCAAUGAGGAAAAUCGCCUUCUCCUCACUAUUAUAAAAGCACAUGGCUUGCCAUCCAUUGUGAAUGUGACCUCCAAUCUCAGUCAAAUACCUAUUGGAAAGAAGCGUGAAGAUGCUAGGAAGCAUGUACAAUCGUUGGUCACUGAUGAAAAUCUCGUUACAAACAAGUUGUUUUGUUGUGAUACAGACCCUGAGCGAGUUCUCCUAGUUCGACAUUUUAUUGACAUGAAAAAGACCAAGAUGCUGCUACAGAAACGCCGACCCCAUAUCUUAGUGGAGAAAUUGGAGCUUGCUGACUCUGAUAACUCAGGCAUAUGUUCUGUGUUGGCUAGCGGUUACCUUCGUGGUCCGACUUGGAACGUUAAUCAUUUGGUCCAUAUUCAAGGAUGGGGAGAUUUCCAAAUAGGACGUAUACUCGCGCAUUCUGAUCCACAUCCACUGAAGCGUGUAAGGCAAAUGAUGAAUGAGAAGACUGUCACCAAUGAAGAUACUACUCCGAAAGUGUUGGUGACUGCUGAUGAGGCACGACGUGAAACCUUACAAUCCGAAAUAGUUCCGGAUCCAAUGGAUGCUGAGCAGACAUGGCCUGAUGAGUUCGAUGUCGCUGAUGAUGCCAAAUUAAAAAGUGAGGCAGACGUUCGUAAAGUGCCUAAAGGAACUUCAUCAUAUCAGGCUGCUUGGAUUGUUGAUGACGAUGAUGACUCUGCUGGUGAUGAAGAGGAAAGCGACGAUGAUGAAGAGGAAGAGCAUGGAAAUGAAAUGGAAAUGGAAGCGGCUACUGAAGCGAGUGAAGGAGAAGGACGAAAUAUUGAUGAGGUCGAAGAGAUGAUGUCAGAAGUGGAUGAUGGAGAUGAAGCUGAUGACCUCGACGAAGUGGAAAAAUAUCGUCGUGAGAGAGAAAACGCGCAAUUCCCUGACGAAGUGGACACUCCUAUCAAUGACCUCGCCAGAAUCCGUUUCCAAAAGUACCGUGGGUUGAAGAGUUUUAGGACAUCGCCUUGGGAUCCAAAGGAAAACCUACCAUCAGAUUAUGCCCGCAUAUUCCAAUUCCAAAACUACAAGAAGUCUAGAAAAACUGUUCUGAGUGAAAUUGGUGAUUAUGAUCCAACAGCAUGCGUAUUUUCUGGGCAAUAUGUGACCAUACAGAUUGACCGGGUUCCCAUUACACUUGCCCAACAGUGGGACCCAUCUGCUCCCAUGGUUUUGUAUCAGCUCUUGCCCCAUGAGCAACGUAUGUCUGUCUUGAACUUCGUGAUUCGUAAACAUCCCUCAUGUAGGGUUCCUAUUAUGAGUAAACAGAAACUAAUCUUCAGUGUUGGGUUCCGUAAAUUCGAAGCAUCCCCCGUUUUCAGUCAGCACACGAAUGGAAACAAGUUCAAGAUGGAACGAUAUUUACCUGCGAAUGCGUGCUGCGUUGCUUCUGUUUUUGCACCAAUCACAUUUCCCCCGGCUUCAGUGCUAGUUUUCCGUGAAGGCAAAGCGGGCAAGGAGGAGCUAGUUGCCACGGGAUCGUUACUGGAUGUUAAUCCUGAUAGGAUCGUUCUAAAACGAAUUGUUCUAUCCGGUCACCCGUUCAAAAUCAAUAAACGUUCUGUGGUUUGCCGUUACAUGUUCUUCAAUAGAGAAGAUAUCGAGUGGUUCAAGCCAGUGGAAUUGUAUACACCAAGUGGUCGUCGUGGACACAUAAAAGAAGCCCUAGGUACACAUGGCCAUAUGAAAUGCCGAUUUGAUCAACAACUGAAUGCUGCUGAUUCCGUUAUGAUGUCAUUAUACAAAAGAGUUUUCCCUAAAUGGACCUACAACCCAAGGGUAGGACGAUUCGGAACAAAUGCAACUUCAUCGUUAGAAAGCGAAGCGAUGGAUGAAUGA